AUGCCUUCACCUGCCCCAACAAUUGGUCCAACAGAUUUUGUAUUUACAAGGCCCACCCUGGACAUAGCCAUUGGGGAUGGAAAUCCAGGAAACAACGACUACUCUGCUUCAGGUCCUUAUGGUGAAAUUUCGACAUGGGAUGUCUCUGGUAUUACUGAUUUUACUGAUCUGUUCAAUGGCAAGGCUUUGUUCAAUGAGAACAUUGAAGCCUGGAUAACUAGCAGCGUCGCAAGCUUGGUUCAGACAUUCCAGGGUGCAGCUGCAUUCAAUCAGCCAUUGGAUGGCUGGGAUACGAGCAGUGUCGUGGAUAUGGACUCGACAUUUGAAUCUGCCAUCCUUUUUAACCAACCACUAAACAGUUGGGACACAAGCAAGGUUACUUCUCUUAAAGAUUUAUUUGGUUACGCUUCUGCUUUCAACGGACCGGUUAACAACUGGGAUGUGAGUAGAGUGGUCAACAUGAUCAGCGUGUUUACAGACACAAAGUUCAACCAGCCGUUGAAUAACUGGGAUUCAAGUUCGAGUGAGAACAUGUGGGAUACUUCUAAAGUUACAGACAUGGGCUACAUGUUUUAUGGAACAGCACUUUUCAAUGUUGGCAUUGACAACUGGGAUGUCAGCAAUGUCAGCAGUAUGAAAUACAUGUUCUAUGAUUCUGGGUACAACCAGCCGCUCAACAAUUGGGAUGUUAGCAAAGUAACAGACAUGGAUAGCAUGUUCCAGAAUAAUGGAGCCGGCAAGUUCAACCAAAACAUCAACAAUUGGGAUGUGGGCCGAGUACAAAACUUUCGAUACAUGUUCUUCAAUGCUUGGUUGGACCAUCCCUGCUCCAGUUGGGAUGUCAGUUCUGGAACAAACUUUGAGUAUAUGUUCUACAAUGUUUGGUUCGACUACGAUAUGAGUAGUUGGAAUGUUGCCAAAGGUACCAAUUUCCAAAGUAUGUUCGAAUGGGGUACCCUUAACCAGAACUUGUGUGACUGGGGCAAUGGAGCUACUCCCAUUAUUUCCAACUCCGCUGUGACUACAGAUAUGUUUGCAGGUGCAGCCAACUGUCCAUCCCAAGCUAACCCAGAUUUGACGGUGAGUCCAAGAGGACCGUUUUGUCAUGUGUGUCCAUAA